GGGUCGUGCUGUAGCGUAGCAACGCUGGAGCUUGGCUGAGGUGCUAGAACCUCAGUUCUUGUUAGACUUCGCGAGGAGAGGUAUCGUUGCUAUUGUGUGUCGCUCGCUAUUUUUCCGUAGCGGCGGCGGCCUGAAAAUAAGGAGAGUUCGAACAGAAGAGGGUCGCGGUCAGGAGUGUACUGUCAAAAUAUUAUGGACGAUCAGAGCAGAAUGAUGCACCCUGUGACUUCUCAAGUCGGAAUGAUGCCCCAGCCUUAUGGCAUGCAACCUGUGGAUCCAAAUCACGGUGGACCAACAACGCCAGACCAAGAAACUAGGAAACAAGAUAUUGGCGAAAUUUUGCAGCAGAUAAUGAAUAUCACGGACCAGUCGUUGGACGAAGCGCAGGCCAGGAAACACACACUUAACUGUCACCGUAUGAAGCCAGCUCUCUUCAGUGUUUUGUGCGAAAUAAAGGAAAAAACAGUGCUGAGCCUGCGGAACACGCAGGAGGAAGAGCCGCCGGACCCGCAGCUGAUGCGGCUGGACAACAUGCUGAUCGCGGAGGGCGUGGCCGGCCCCGAGAAGGGCGGCGGUGCGGGGGCGGCGGCUAGUGCGUCGGCGGCGGCGUCGGGCGGACCCGGCCAGCCGGACAACGCCAUCGAGCACUCCGACUACCGCGCCAAGCUCGCGCAGAUCCGCCAGAUCUACCACCAAGAGCUCGAGAAGUACGAGCAGGCGUGUAACGAGUUCACGACGCACGUGAUGAAUCUCCUGAGGGAGCAGUCGCGCACACGGCCCAUCACGCCCAAGGAGAUCGAGCGCAUGGUGCAGAUCAUCCACAAGAAGUUCUCUUCCAUCCAAAUGCAGCUCAAGCAGAGCACCUGCGAGGCCGUCAUGAUCUUGCGCUCCAGGUUCCUCGACGCCAGGAGGAAGAGAAGAAACUUUAGCAAACAGGCUUCUGAAAUCCUGAAUGAGUAUUUUUAUUCACACUUAAGCAAUCCUUACCCAUCUGAAGAGGCAAAGGAAGAGCUUGCAAGGAAAUGUGGAAUAACAGUUUCACAGGUAUCCAACUGGUUUGGAAACAAGAGAAUUCGUUACAAGAAAAACAUUGGAAAAGCACAAGAGGAAGCCAACUUAUAUGCAGCAAAGAAAGCUGCUGGUGCCUCUCCAUAUACCAUGGGUCCAGCACCUCAAGGGACGCCGACUCCAAUGAUGUCCCCUGCUCCUCCUGGCGGCCCCCAAGACAGCAUGGGGUAUAAUAUGAAUAUGAAUGGUGGAGAUUACAAUUCCUCAAUGUCAGGUUCACAGCCACCUUAUGCAGAUGGAGGAAUGGGCUAUGAUCCAAUGCACCAGGGUGGCCACGUCACCCCCAAGUCCGGCUCGCCUGUGCGACCUGGCUCUGUAGGGUGGAGUGGGCCUCCGCCUAGGGAGCAGAUUCCAGACUUCCCUCCUGUGCAGCCACUGCAUCCUGAUGACGAUGAAAGCGGUGACAGCAGUGACGGCACUGGUUCUGUGAAGAGGCAGAAACUCUAGGGCUAUCAUCCCUUCAAUGCAACUCAGACAACGAAACUGCAUCCCAGCUUCAUAUAUACUUACUUGCCAUUUGUUGAUUAGUUUGUGGAAGGACCUCAGUAUGAAUACUGAGUAGUGGACUAGCAGACAUUUAGUAGCUGUCAGAAACAAAAAUGAUUUUUUUUUUUUUUAAAAAAAAGAGGAUGUGAAAUUAAGGGCUGGAGCUGCAGUGGAUCCUUAAAGGCCUAAGCACAAUGAAUGUACUUGUGGCUUUAAUACAUUUAAUAUUCUUAAUUGUAUCUUAAUAUUCUUCAGCCUCAGCUUAGUAGAUAGACCAUUGAUUAAAUUUUAAGAGUACAUUACUGCACAGCAGUCCAGUGCAAAUGGCUCACACUUAAUUAAUAUCAAAUGGCAUGCCAAACUAAGUGCAUUAGAGGUCUUAAUUUUUAUGGUUUAGCAAAGUAAUGUAAUUUUAUAUUUACUGUUGCAGAGACAGUUGCUGUAUCCAUUUCAGGUUAUUAUACCUUUGUUGGCUGCUGUUGGUAGAAGUAAUUAAACUUUUGUUGUUGUUGUUGUUGUUUUUCCUUUUUAUCAGACAAGAGAUACAUUAAUAAUUGAUGUAGGACUCUCUCAGUAUUCGACAGUCGGUAUUGUAUGUACUAAUAAAUAUUUCACUGGUUGUUAGAUUAGAAGAGGAGAGCUUCCACUUACUGUAGUGGCAUGCAAACAAUACUUGGCUCUCAAGGCAUGGGACAGAACAAUUUUAGCAUGAAAUGAAAGCUGGUAUUGUCAUUUUAUUUAUGUUUUUAAAUUUAUUUUUUUAAAUGUAUGUCUAAGGCCUGAAGGAUACAAAUUGAAAGGUAACCAAAUGUGCUAAAUGUGCAUUAAGUAGAAGUGAAAAAAGGUAAAUAAAGAUAAGUCAUUCAUUAAGGAAAGGCUUUACAUCUUGAUUUUUGAAAGAUGUAGGAGCUUUUGCAAAUGGCAGUGGCAGCAAUCUAUGGAAUGUGUGUAAGGAGAGUAAGACCUAAACCAUCAUUCUUUUUAUUAUAUGGAAUUUUUCAAUAUAACUUUAAAUUCUUAUGUUGCCUUAUGUCUAAAAUAGUAAUGCAGCUUCACUCAAAAUCUAUGUAAGAAAAUUUCUGUAUUCAUCUAUAGUCUAUAGCCAGUUCCAGAUUGUUCAAUUGAUGUAUGAGAUAUCUGUGAAAGAACUGUAGUAGCGUAUAUUUGAAAGAAACAGUGAGAAAUUUGAAAUGUAAAACAUAUGGCUCACAGUGAAAAGAAUUUUUGUUUGUUUGUGCAAUUUCUGUAGAUUUAGACGUUAGAAUGUCAAAACCAGUGCUGUGGUAUGUGUACCACCCACUGAUAAAUUAAAAGAUCUUUCUGUCAUGCACAUAUAUCCUCAAUAUUCAGGCAUAAGUCUCUUAGUGUGGCUUGAUUGUUAUUCAUCUAUCCAGAUAAGCUUAUUUUAAUUAUUUUUGUAGGCAGCACAGGAGUAUGGAAGUCUAUUAAAAUCUGUUAUUCCAACCAACAAUAAAAAGAGGCCUAUAUUGUUUUAAGGCAUAACUCCUUUUCUGUACAAUACCAGUAUAGGAUAACUUAACAGAAGAUUGCUCACCAAAAUCAUUUGAUCACUUGAGAUGCCUCCUAUAUAUGUAUAUGACAAAGAUUUUUUUAUUUGGUCAGUAAUUACAUCUAUAAAAGAAAUAUUUGCCAGUACCUGAAUCUGUUGGGACAUGAAGGAUUUAGAGCAUUGGGUUGAUAAUAAUGUAAUUAUUUGCCAUUAGUGAGCAACAUGUGAACUUGUACUUGCACAAGUUUUAUUUCAGUGACCAGUGAGAGGUUCAUUUUGUGGAGUUUUUGUACAAUGAAUAGACUAUGGUUAUCAAGAGAUAUACUCUAAAAAUGAGGCAGUAUGAUGUGGAAAUUAAUAACAACUUCUUGUAUACGUAUAGUGACAAAGCAGUGUACAUAUUCUCAACUGUUGCAAAGCAUUGUACCAAAAUGCACAGAGCUCCAACAGUAUACGCCAUCCAUAUACGUAUUUUUCAGUGAAUUUGUUGGAAUCCAUAUGUAAUGUUAACAUAUCAUCGUGAAUAUUUUUGUAAGUUUUAACUUUUAGGCUUUAACCAGAUUGUGGAGAGAAGAAAUUUAGGAUUCUCAUCAGCUUUAAAAUGCCAUAAUAGAAUGGUGUAAAGUAUUGUGUUUGUAAAAUUACAGGGUUAUAAGUUAAAGGCUCAAAAACAAUUUCCUACUAAUUAAAUCUCAUUCAGAAAUUUCUGAAACAACAGAGGGCAGAAAAUUAUGACAUAAGGAAAAAUAAUGGUAAUGCAGCAUUACAUUCCCCAUUUCUGUAGGAUGGAUUUCAGUCCCCUAUGUCAGUAAUACAGCAGGUAAUCAUCAUUACUUAAGGUUUAUGACUCAUAUGUACAUUAUUCACUAAAAGCAUGUUGAUUUGGAGUGAGUGAAAUAUGUAAAGCUGUAACCUCACUGUGCAGACUAACCACAAAGGAGCUGAAGUAAGAAAUUGUUAUGAGAGCAGUAAUAAAUUGCACUGUAAUAUCUGGAAAAGCUGAUUGUUAAGUUUCUUGUGAAAGAGGUGCAUACUGCAUUUUGCUCAGUACCAUUUAAAGGCAAACUAGAAUGAAUCAUUUCUGGCCCAUAACUUUGCAUGAAAAUUUAAAUAAUAAAGCGAGAAACAGAUGUGUUUAUCGUUGCAAGUAUACAGAAUAUUACAUUGUGUAAAAAGAAUAUUUGAAGCACCACAACAAAACGAUUAGGAAUGUAACAUGAAACAUCCAGGGAUAUCCCAGAAUCAGAUAUGUCACUGAAUUUUAAGUAGACAAUUUUAUUGUGUUAACCAAUGAAGUUAAAAACUGCACACUGUUACUGUUUGUCUUACUAACAACAUAUAUGUGUGCUCUAAAAUAUAAUUUUAUCUGAAAUCUGCUUAUUUCAUAAAUACUUGCAUCAAAAUUUAUAAGAGGUACCAUAUUCAUGCAAAGAGUAUAUUGAGAAAUUAAUAAAAGUUCUAAUUGGGGUCCAUAUUGUUAUUUGGCGUGUGUGUGUGUGUGUGUGUGUGUGUGUGUGUGUGUGUGUGUGUGUGUGUGUGUUGGGGGGGGGGGGGGGGGGCGGAUGCUUUGCCGAGCAGAUCCAACAAAUGUCAUCAUUUGGCAACCACUGAAGUCUGGUAGAAGCACCCCUUGAUAUUCGCAUAUAACAGCUUGCUAGGUGUUGCACACUCGUUAGCCAAUAUUUGUGGUUCACUAAGCAACAUAAUCGGAUACAUAGUAGGUUUCAGGUCUUUAAGAAAUCUUAAUGACGUGUGUAUAUAUAUAUAUAUAUCGAAAGUUUGAAUAGCAGUAACUCAAUUUUAAGGUUGACGUUUUUCCUCCUCUUUCUCCCUAUUAGCAGUUCAGUAUUUCUGUCAUGGAUUCUCUAUAAUAAGCCAGAUUAUUUUGUGAGUAAUUUGAAGUGGCUCAGUUGAGUUUCGUUACAAAGUUGCACAACAUCCAUGCAAAAUUUUGAAUUUUAUCACUACUUGUGUUUGUAAAGUUGAAACGUAUUUUAGUGUUUGAAGAUACGAUGAGUUUGUUUUUUGGUACUUUGAGGUUCAUUUCUGUCAUGAGAUGGAAAAAAUUAAUUAAUCAGCAUUUUUAUGGACUAUAAUCAUUUCUGAAAGUUGAGAGACUGGUGUAAAUAGUUGGAAAUAAAUUUCCUUACUGUUAUUCCACUCAAGGAGGCACCAAUUUCAUCUUUGCCACAGAAGUUACUUACUAUGUCCUCCCAAAGAAGACCUCAGUAAAUAAUAUAAUUGAGUUACACUUUUAGUUCCUUGUUUUUAUUAUUUGUUAGAAUGAGGAAGCUCAGUAUUGUCAUCAUAAUUUAUUUAUACAAAAACAGUUUAUUUUUAUUUUGCUUUACAAUGAAAAUAUAUCUUAUUCACUAUAUCAUUUUAGCUUUCCCUGUAUUUUCAUCUGACACUCCUAACAUAAUUUGUUUGCUUGUGUUAUUGAGAAAGUUGGCUGAGAAUUCAGCAUGGAAAGUUUCAUUCCUUCUACUCUGAAAAUUCCUGUAGAUACACUCGUAAAGCUUUCAGAAAGCAGAGAGCAAUAAAUAUGUUGCAAGAAACAGUGCUGCAUCUACUUCUUUUUAUUUUUUCACAACUGUCUUACUGUUUGGUCACUUGUAAUGUGUGUGUUACCAUUUUGUCAAUAAAUAAGCAUAAAGAGUCUGCAGCACUGCUUUUAUAUUUGUCUACAUAAAUGAGCACAUGCUUUAUGAAGAUUCGGGUUGCAUAUGUAGCCAGAACUUCCUUUUCUAAAAUUAGUUACAAAAAGAUUCCAUGUUCAAUCUUGAGACACCUGCAGGUAUAAUUGUUUUCAACAUUAAAGCUAACCAUACCUAGCAUUUUUUGUGCUCCCAUUUAGUACUGAAACACAGGAACCCCAACCAACGGUGGGCAAAGAACUUUCCUGAGAACAUUACAAGAUAAUAUUUCAGGAGACACUUUUUUUAAAAUUUCAUUUCUUGAUCAUAUUAACAGAUCACCCCCAUAGUUUCCCUAUUAACUGCUUAUCAAUGGAUUAUUGUUUCCUGUGAAUGUGAUAUAAUUUCACUGAAUUUACUGAACAAUAUGUCAUCCAGUCAUGAAAUUAAUUAAAUAUUUUUAUAUAAUUUUUGCUAUUAUUAUUAUUAGUCUGAUUUGCGUAUCAAUGAUUACCUGAAAAAACUAGAGAUGUAGUUCUUUUAGUAUUUGUUAGGGUCAUUUACACCUCAUGUUGCGCAUUGUGAUUGUUAAGUGUAAUGUGUUGGAACAACAGUGAAUUAGCUAGUAGGUAAUAUAUAUAAGGAGGCUGCUGUUACUGCAUAGAGUAUUGUGUGAUAAAUUGGCUUUACAAGAAAAUGUUUAAGUGAAUACUUUCAUUGUUUCGGUAAUCGGUAAUUUUACUGCAGGUUGUGACCAUAUUUGAUUAGUGUGAUAUCAGUCUGAAGUUUUGACUCACAUAGUUGCAAACUCUGUAAAAGUAUACUGUCAAAUAUUUAAAGUAAUAAUUGGUUUAUAAAACAAAAUUAAGAGUGAAAUAGUAUUUUUCAAUGCAAUGUUUAAAAAUUGGUCUCUACAGAAAGACAGUGCUCUGAUAACAGUGAAUAUUGUACACAGCACAGAUAUUUUCUGUACUCUUCAAUGAAAGUAUACGAUUUUCAAUACAAAAUAGUGAAUAUAAUAUACAUGUGUAAGGUUGGGAGAUGAAAAGUUGUUAUUUUACAAUAUUAUCUGCCAAGAAUAAAAUGUCACUUUGUUAAUGAAGCUCUUUUCUAGCUAAUAAAGAAAUGAAAUUGUCUUUUUUUCCCCUUCAUGGAGUCAUAUUGUUAAAGAAUAAUUGUGCUCAGCCAUUAUUUUAUAAUUUGUGUAUGUUUGAUAAGUUUGACAAUGUUCCAAAUCUUGUAGCCUAAAUGUAGAAAUAAAUUGCAGUACAUUGCUUUAUAACUUCGUAGCUCUAUACCAUAAAUACUUGAAUAAACUUGGUUAUACACUGUGUUAAAAGUUAGUGUGGUGUAAUUGUUUGUUUUGUGUGCCUACCAUAUGAAUUUAACAUGCUAAAUCAGGCCAAUUUUUAGCAAACUUUCAGUAAAUUU